CGAGAGGAGAUUAUUCCAACCUCCAAACCAAGGGAUAUCACGCGCGAACUCCAAAUCGAAAGCCCGAGCCCACCUGCAGCCUCAGGGUCAGGGGCUCAGGGCACCAGUUCCCAUUUCCUCGGCCUCCGCGCCGGCCAUGGACGUCGAUGACCCCUCACCGCGCGCCGGCGGAGGCAGCGGCGUGGACCCGCCCCGCAUCCGGCGGCUGGAGGAAUCGGUGGUGAACCGCAUCGCGGCGGGGGAGGUGAUCCAGCGCCCGUCGUCGGCGGUCAAGGAGCUCGUCGAGAACAGCCUCGACGCCGGCGCGUCCACAGUCUCCGUCACCGUCAAGGAUGGAGGACUCAAGCUCAUACAGGUUUCCGACGACGGCUACGGCAUUCGGUUUGAGGAUUUGCCAAUACUGUGUGAAAGGCAUACUACCUCAAAGUUAUCUGCAUAUGAGGAUUUACAGACCAUAAAAUCUAUGGGCUUUAGAGGGGAGGCCCUGGCCAGUAUGACUUAUGUUGGCCAUGUUACUGUGACAACAAUAACAGAGGGCCAACUUCAUGGCUACCGUGUUUGUUAUAAAGAUGGAGUAAUGGAGAACGAGCCAAAACCCUGUGCUGCAGUUAAAGGAACUCAAAUCAUGGUUGAAAAUUUAUUUUACAAUAUGGUAGCUCGUAGAAAAACAUUGCAGAACUCCAAUGAUGACUACCCAAAGAUUGUAGAUUUCAUUAGUCGUUUUGCAGUCCAUCACAUCAAUGUGAACUUCUCCUGCAGAAAGCAUGGAGCCAAUAGAGCAGAUGUUCAUAGUUCGAGCACAUCUUCUAGACUAGAUACUAUUAGGAAUGUCUAUGGGGCUUCUGUUGUUCGUGAUCUGAUUGAAAUAGAAGUUUCAGAUGAGGAUGCUGGAGAUGCAGUCUUCAAGAUGGAUGGUUAUAUAUCAAAUGCAAAUUAUGUGGCAAAGAAAAUCAUGAUGAUCCUUUUCAUAAAUGAUAGGCUUGUAGAGUGUACUGCUUUAAAAAGGGCAAUUGAAUUUGUGUACUCUGCAACGUUGCCACAAGCAUCCAAACCCUUCAUAUACAUGUCCAUCAAUCUUCCAUCAGAACAUGUGGAUGUCAAUAUACACCCAACCAAAAAAGAGGUUAGCCUCUUGAAUCAAGAGCGUGUUAUUGAAACUAUAAAAAAUACCAUUGAGGAAAAACUGAGGAAUUGUAAUACCACAAGGAUAUUCCAAACUCAGGCAGUAAACUCAGCACUUACUCAAGUUUACACGCAGAAGGACAAGGGUACUGAGGUCAAAAUGGCCCCUGGAGUGAAAUCUCAAAAGGCUCCUGUGAGCCAAAUGGUCAGAACUGAUCCACGCAAUCCAUCUGGAAGCUUGCACGCUUACUGGCAUGGGCAAUCUUCAAAACUUGAAAAUAAAUAUGACCUUGUUUCUGUAAGAAAUGUUGUAAGAUCAAGGAGGAAUCCAAAGGAUGCUGGUGAUUUAUCUAGCCGUCAUGAGCUUCUUAUGGAAAUAGAUUCUCACUGCCAUCCUGGUCUUUUAGAGGUUAUUAAGAAUUGCACAUAUGUUGGCCUGGCUGAUGAAGUUUCCGCUUUGAUACAAUACAAUACUCACUUAUACCUUGUCAAUGUUGUAAAUGUUAGUAAAGAACUCAUGUACCAGCAAGCUCUGUGCCGUUUUGGAAACUUCAAUGCGAUCCAGCUUAGUGAACCAGCUCCUCUUCAGGAGCUGCUGCUGAUGGCACUGAAAGAUGAUGAAUCAAUCGGUGAUGAAAAUGACGAGGAGAAACUGGAGAUUGCAGAGGCAAACUCGAAAAUACUGAAAGAAAACGCUGAGAUGAUUAAUGAGUACUUCUCUAUUCAUGUUGAUCACGAUGGGAACUUGACCAGGCUUCCAGUUGUACUUGAUCAGUACACCCCUGAUAUGGACCGUCUCCCAGAAUUUGUUUUGACUAUGGGGAAUGAUGUUACCUGGGAUGAUGAGAAAGAGUGCUUCAGAACGGCAGCAGCUGCUAUUGGGAACUUCUACGCACUCCAUCCUCCCAUCCUUCCAAAUCCAUCGGGGAGUGGUGUUCAGGUGUACAAGAAAAAUAAAGCUUGCAUGGCGAGUGGUGAACAUGUUGAUAGUACAGAUGAAGAUGACAUUGAUCACGAACUACUUGCGGAAGCAGAAACAGCAUGGUCCCAACGUGAGUGGACCAUUCAACAUGUCUUGUUUCCAUCCAUGCGACUUUUCCUCAAGCCCCCAAAGUCAAUGGCAACAGAUGGAACCUUUGUUCAGUGAGAUUCUCUACUCUAUCCAACAAUUCUCCGCGGUCACGAUUACCCUAUAUAUCCACCCUAUACGUCCCUGGGCCCACCAGCAGGCAGGCGCUGCUGUCCCGUCCCUGGGCCCACCUCUGCUCCGGCGAGAGAGAGCAGCAGCAUUUAGCGUAGGCGAUCACGAGCGCUGUAUUUGGCGUCCGCAGUGCUGGAGAGAGAAGAUAGAGUUGGAUUUACAGUCACCGCUGCAGGCCUCCAGCUACUGCAAAAAUUUACGGGUUCCAUUUCCAGCUCUCCGGUGUGGGCAGCCUCAGAGCUUGGACAUGUACACCUUUGAGUUGUAUAGAGACCAUUAAAUAUGGCCAAACCCCUGACACUGUACUUUGAUCUAUGGAUGGUUUAGUUGCUGCACCUAAUUCAUUGACAUGCUUUACGCACGAGCUCUUAUAUUUCUCAUCAGGUUGGCAUUCAAUUGUUUAGGAAAUUGCCAAUAUGGGGUCCUAUUUAGAAAUGCGUGUACUUGUACUAUUGGUACCGUCAAAUGUGCUUCCAGACAUGCAUACUUCUGAAACUGAAACUACCAUCCCAUCUUCUAAUCGUUGCAAUCUCCUUGGCAAAAUCUUUGAAGAGGGCACUACGUGU